CGCGCGUGCGCGUCCGUGGGUGCCGCGGCGGCGGCGCUGGAAAUGGCAGUUGCCGGGCGGCUGGCGUAGCGCGCGGCUGCUCCUGGCGCUGGGGGGUGGCUCUGGCCCGGGACGGGAUGGGGGCGCGAGAGCUCGGGGGCUGCGGCGGCUGCUGCUGCUGAGCGCUCGGGGCAGACGAGGUUGAACAUGCUGUUUCUUCAGUUGAUUCCUGUAUUGCAUGAUUUCUAGUCCCCUUCCUGGUCACCCUCUGCUGUGUACAAUAAAGCUUGGUGAAGGGAAGAUGGGCCAGUUAAAUUUGAGUGUAUUUGAUCAUCUUCAAAAUCUGAGGAAGCCAUCAGUAAAAGCACAGAAUUUUUUUUGAAUGUAUAAAUAAAAUUUGGCUAUGAUCCUAAAAAGCUGAAAUGGGGGCUAUCUUUCUUCAGUACCCUUUCUUGGGACUGAAGGUGCUUUGGCCUAUUCACAGCCCAGGCUAUUAUGAUUUUUCUGCCAUUUCUUUGCUUCCUAACUCCAGGGCCCCUUGGUUAUGAAUGUGCUUCAGUUUUAUAAUGCCUCCUGCUAUGGCAGACAUCCUUGACAUUUGGGCUGUGGAUUCUCAGAUAGCAUCAGAUGGCUCCAUUCCAGUGGAUUUCCUAUUGCCCACGGGGAUCUAUAUCCAAUUGGAAGUACCUCGGGAGGCCACUAUUUCUCAUAUUAAACAGAUGCUAUGGAAGCAAGCUCACAGCUACCCAAUGUUUAAUCUUCUUAUGGAAAUUGACUCUUACAUGUUUGCAUGUGUGAACCAAACUGCAGUUUAUGAGGAGCUCGAAGAUGAAACAAGAAGACUCUGUGAUGUCAGACCUUUUCUUCCAGUUCUCAAAGUGGUGACAAGAAAUUGUGACCCAGGGGAAAAAUUAGACUCCAAAAUUGGAGUUCUUAUAGGAAAAGGUCUUCAUGAGUUUGAUGCCCUGGAAGAUCCUGAGGUGAUGGAGUUCCGAAGUAAAAUGCGCCAAUUCAGUGAAGAAAAGAUCCAAUCCCUUAUAGGAUUGUCUUGGAUGGAUUGGUUAAAGCAUACUUAUCCACCAGAACAAGAACCUUCCAUUCCUGAAAAUUUGGAAGAUAAACUUUAUGGUGGAAAUCUUGUGGUAGCUGUGCAUUUUGAAAAUUGCCAGGAUGUAUUUAGUUUCCAAGUAUCUCCUAAUAUGAAUCCCAUCAAGCUAAAUGAGUUGGCAAUCCGAAAACGGUUGACUAUCCAUGGGAAGGAAGAUGAAGUUGAUCCCUAUGACUAUGUGCUACAAGUCAGUGGGAGACUAGAAUAUGUGUUUGGUGAUCACCCACUAAUUCAGUUCCAAUAUAUUCGGAACUGUGUCAUGAAUAGGACUCUUCCCAAACUCACUCUUGUUGAAUGUUGCAAUAUAAAGAAGAUGUGUGAACAGGAAAUGAUUGCCAUAGAAGCUGCCAUAAAUCGAAAUUCAUCCAACCUUCCUCUUCCACUGCCACCAAAAAAAACACGAAUAAUUUCUAAUGUUUGGGAAAAUACACAACCAUUUCAAAUUGUAUUGGUUAAGGGGACUAAAUUGAACACAGAAGAAACUGUCAAAGUUCAUGUCAGGGCUGGACUUUUUCAUGGAACCGAACUUCUUUGUAAACCAGUUGUAAGCUCAGAGAUAUCUGGGAGAAAUGACCACGUUUGGAGUGAACCAUUGGAAUUCGAUAUUAACAUCUGUGACUUACCACGAAUGGCUCGGUUAUGUUUUGCAGUUUAUGCUGUGGAUAAAGUGAAAACAAAAAAGUCAACUAAGGCAAUUAAUCCCUCCAAAUAUCAGACUAUCAGAAAAGCUGGAAAAGUGCACUAUCCUGUAGCAUGGGUAAAUACCAUGGUAUUUGACUUUAAAGGACAGCUGAAAAGUGGAGACAUUAUACUGCACAGCUGGUCAUCAUUUCCUGAUGAACUUGAAGAAAUGUUAAAUCCAAUGGGAACUGUUCAAACAAAUCCAUAUACUGAAAAUGCAACAGCUUUACAUAUUAAAUUCCCUGAGAAUAAAAAACAACCUUAUUAUUACCCUCCCUUUGAUAAGAUUAUUGAAAAGGCAGCUGAGAUUGCAAGUAGUGACAGUGGUAAUGUAUCAAGUCGAGGUGGAAAAAAAUUUCAUGUUGUGCUUAAAGAAAUCAUGGAGAGAGAUCCCUUAUCUCAACUGUGUGAAAAUGAAAUGGAUCUUAUUUGGACUUUGCGACAAGACUGUAGAGAAAAUUUUCCACAGUCUUUGCCAAAAUUGCUGCUGUCUGUCAAAUGGAAUAAACUUGAAGAUGUUGCUCAGCUACAGGCUCUUCUUCAAAUAUGGCCUAAAUUGCCUCCUAGAGAAGCAUUGGAAUUAUUAGACUUUAAUUAUCCAGACCAGUAUGUAAGAGAGUAUGCUGUGGGAUGCUUGAAACAAAUGAGUGAUGAAGAACUGUCUCAGUAUCUUUUACAACUGGUACAAGUUUUGAAAUAUGAACCUUUUCUUGAUUGUGCACUGUCUAGAUUCCUGUUAGACAGAGCACUUGCUAAUAGGAGGAUAGGGCAAUUUCUAUUUUGGCAUCUUAGGUCAGAGGUGCACAUUCCUGCCUUUUCAGUGCAAUUUGGUGUAAUACUUGAAGCUUACUGUCGGGGAAGUGUGGGCUAUAUGAAAGUGCUUUCUAAACAGGUAGAAGCUCUUAAUAAGCUGAAGACCUUAAAUAGUUUAAUAAAACUGAAUGCAAUGAAGUUAAACAAAGCAAAAGGAAGAGAGGCAAUGCACACGUGCUUAAAACAAAAUGCUUACCGAGAAGCCCUUUCUGAUCUUCAGUCACCUUUGAAUCCUUGUGUCAUACUUUCAGAACUUUAUGUUGAGAAAUGCAAAUACAUGGAUUCUAAGAUGAAGCCUCUGAGAAUCGUGUACAACAAUAAGGUAUUUGGAGGAGAUCCAGUGGGGGUCAUUUUCAAAAAUGGGGAUGAUCUACGACAAGAUAUGUUAACACUCCAGAUGUUGCGUUUGAUGGAUUUACUUUGGAAAGAAGCAGGUUUGGAUCUCCGAAUGCUGCCAUAUGGUUGUUUAGCAACAGGAGACCGCUCUGGCCUGAUUGAAGUUGUUAGCACCUCUGAAACAAUUGCCGAUAUUCAGCUAAAUAGUAGUAAUGUUGCUGCUACAGCCGCCUUCAAUAAAGAUGCUCUUCUAAACUGGCUUAAAGAAUACAAUUCCGGCGAUGACUUAGAUCGCGCCAUUGAAGAGUUCACUCUCUCCUGUGCUGGCUACUGUGUAGCUUCUUAUGUCUUAGGAAUUGGUGAUAGACAUAGUGACAAUAUCAUGGUCAGGAAGACUGGACAGCUCUUCCACAUCGAUUUUGGGCAUAUUCUUGGAAACUUCAAGUCUAAAUUUGGCAUUAAACGGGAACGAGUGCCUUUCAUUCUUACCUAUGAUUUCAUUCAUGUCAUUCAGCAAGGAAAAACAGGAAACACAGAGAAGUUUGGCCGGUUCCGUCAGUGUUGUGAAGAUGCUUAUCUGAUUUUACGAAGACACGGGAAUCUCUUUAUCACUCUGUUUGCCCUGAUGUUGACUGCAGGGCUUCCUGAGCUCACCUCCGUGAAAGAUAUACAGUAUCUUAAGGACUCUUUGGCCUUAGGGAAGAGUGAUGAAGAAGCACUAAAACAAUUUAAGCAGAAAUUUGAUGAGGCACUCAGGGAAAGUUGGACUACUAAAGUAAACUGGAUGGCGCACACCAUGAGAAAAGAUUACCGGUCUUAACAAGCGGCAGCUUUUUUCCCCCAUGUUUUUUGUUGUUCUUUUGCUGUUGUUACUGGUCUGGUCUGGUUUGUUUAGUUUGGCUUUCAUUUUGGAUUUGCACUAAACUGAACACUGCCCUGACAAUAAGUAUUACUUAAAAAGGGAAUAAAAUCCUGGAACACCAAGUUUCAAAGAGAGAAAAAAUACCCAACUUAACCUGAAUGAUCCUUGAUGAUUGAUUGCACUCUGCUUCUGACUGAUUGACAAAAACCCACCACAAAAUCUGCCAACAUCAUGGAUAAUCACUUCUUGCUGACUUUGCACGCAGAAAGCUACUAGAUGUAUUCUUCUUUUUAAAAAAGUUUGGUACUUUUAAGCAGUGAUGUAAAUAUUCAUUUUCUGUGUUGUGACAAAGUAUUCUAACUCAGCCAAGGACUUCACACACCCCAGUUAUGAGCCCAUGGCUGUUUUUACUUUCAGAAUGGAACUGUAAGAGAAGGGUGUCUUUUUUUGUAAACUAAAGACCAUGAUGUAUUUUUUUUUUAAAUCAAACCUGUGGAAACCCGUUGAUUUUUUUUUUCUUGUUAAUGUUUCUAUACCAUGAUAUCAUUCCAUCAGGACUUGCUGAAAAUCUAAAGGCGUGGCAACUAUGACAUGUUUGUGUGUAUAUGUAUGCUUCAUAUGUACACACAGAUAUAUGUAUAUAUGUGUGUGAGUGAGCAUGUGUGUGCGUGUGUGUGCGUAAGUAAAAUGUCAAACAGAUGUGUUUUAAGAUAUGUUUUCAAUUUCUUUAGCCUGGGUUAUUUUGUUUGUUUUUUUGUUUUGUUUUUGAAGUUUUGCCAAAAGCAGGGCUUUUCCCUCUAUGUCCUUUUCUGGUAACUAACUGCCUGAUCCAGUUCUUCCAGCCAUUUCCCUAAUGAAGCAUAUGUUGACACAAGAUUUAUGUACUGUAUGUAUAUGGAAGAGUGAACUAUAUGGGGAAUAAUACUUGAGCAAUUGUACCAAAAAAUAAAGGCAACAAAAGAUAAGGAAACUAUUUAUGAAAUAAAUUCCCAGCCUGAAAUUCAGUAUUUUUUUUAAAUGCCAGUGAAUAGUCUCAGAACUGUUCUUACUGUAUUUAUUAAAACUUCUAACAACAAGAUUUUUUGCAGAAUGUGUGUUCAGCUUUUAGUAGUUGUAUAAUAAAUUGGAUUUUUAAAAAAGUUAUUUGCUGAGGUACAAGAUUUUUAGGGUGCUAAGUGGAGAACAGUUAUUACAUGUGCAAUAGGAACUACUGGUUUUGAGUGUGUCAGAUGUGUUUUCCAGGAAGUACCGACAGAUCCACCUAAGCUGCUACCUGUUUUCCAAACAGUGUUGGUUGUUCCCAUUCCACGAUGAUAGAAUGGAAGGAAGAAAAUUAAACAGAUAUGUUUGCCCUUUGACUAAACAUUGAUUAAAAAUGGUUUUCUUUCAUUCAUA